CCCCCUCCGCUGUUCCUCCCUCCCCCGCCAUGAUGCUUCCCUCGUCGUCGUCCACGGCGUUGAGGCCUGCGCAGAGGCAGCCUCGCACCAUCCGGCUUUCCAUCAAGUAUCUGCUCUCCCUCCCCGACCGUCUCUGCAACCCGCCCCCCGCAGUCGGAAAGGUCAGGUCCUGCGGCGUCACACCCCUCUUCAAGAUUCGUCUCGAAGACGUCCUUAACCGCAAGCAUUUGCCGCCUCUCGGCCUCAAGGAUUUCGAGGAGUGGUUGUUGUUUGUCGAGAAUGCCCCGGAGAAUCUGUACUUUGUACUAUGGCUCCGAGAGUAUACGCGUCGCUACAACGAGUGGGCUGUCCGCGCCAAGGCCAAGUCCGCCAACAGGACUGCGUCGCCCACCUUCUCCGUUGACUCUGAAGACUCCGACUGUCCUGUUCCAUUCGCUGCUUUCGAGUACCAUGUUUCGCCUGGUCCAGCCGACCCCUGCCCUUCUCUUGCCCUUUUCUAUCACCGCGCAAAGCAAACUUUUCUUACCCCCGGCGCACCUUACGAGCUGAACGUGGCUUCCGACGUUCUUGCUCCCUUCCAUACGACGCCGACUUCGCCUGCCUCUCCCCAUGGCUUCGGCUGCUUCAGCCCACACCCCUCUCAGCAGUCGUCAUACACGUAUUCCCAUCCUGACCCAGCCAUCUUUGCCGACCUCAACCAGAUCACUAUGACUGCCCUCCGCGCGUCCCUUGAUAGGUUCGUCCUCGCUGCAUACUCUAAUGUCGGCACAAACAGAGGGCUAUGUGGGCUCGUCGGAGGCUGCACUAUUGCUACUGCGGGCAGUCUGCCCAUCUGGGUCGCGAGCUUUGUGGAGGGGUGGGUACGAUGGAUGAGAUUCGCCGCCUUACCUGGCUUGUGGUUGGGUCUGACCAUCGUAAUUGCCAGUCUACAUGGUGUGUGUAUGAUGAUCUAUGUAUUUGGCGACUUUCGCCAGCUCCGUAAAUUUGAGCUCUCCCGGCCAUCAAUCUCAAAGCCUCAACCUCACCCGGAGCACCCAGUCAUUGCCACUAACUAUCCUCAUCGCCUUACUAGUCUCAAGAGUAGGCUCAGUGUCGGUCAGCUGAGCAUCGGCCCCGUUAGUCCCAAGAGUCCGAAGAGCCCAACGUUAUCGUUUACCAGCGAGAAGAGUGGCAGAACGAGAGCGAUCAGGGACUUGUUGGCUUUGCGCCCGAAGCAGCAAGAGGUCGAAGAACUGCGCGUCACCCCUCCUCAGCCAAUCACGCGACCUCCUGCUACAAUUUUGCCUCGCCGCACAAAGGUUAAUGGUGGUGUGAUGGUCACAGACUCUCUGAAGGAAGCACAACCAAAGCUCAGGGUGCAGAUUCCGUUCCCUGCGGUUGCUCCUUUGCCCCCACAACCCGCCAUCAUCAUCAGCGAAGCUAGGGAGGUCGAGCUCUCCCGACCCUCCACAUCCUCCGGUUCUUCAUGUAUCAGCGGGAUGACCGGCGUUCAUGAAGUAGGAUAUCCGAGGAUUCAUGUUUCCGAAGCAUUCGACGACCCGAACCCUCCAGCUGAAGGCCCCGCGACCGCUACCUACUGCCCUGAGACGGAACUCGCCGCUCGAGAGCGGGCACUAUCCGAGUCUCAAGAUGAGCACGCAGAGGAUUGGGAGGCGAACGGCAAGACAGCCGAUUUCAUCCAGGCGUGGGAGCUCGAAAGCGACUGGGACGACAUGGCCGACAUGGAAAAGGGUCGGUUGAGCGGCCUCUGGGAUAGUGACGGCAGUGGUCUGGGUAUGGGCGUCGAGCGAGGCAUGCGUUGGGGUAAAGGUGGUUCUGGUGGGAAGGAAGACGUCUUCGACUUUGACGGCUUGCCACCGAGGAGAGCACGACACCCCUACGCCUAUAGUUUGCCUCUAUCCGAUGCUGCCGAGAGGGAUCUGAUGCGCACGCCCGGCGCUGAGGAGAAGAGGGCCAGGAAGAAGGACGUCGUGAGCGUUCAGAAGGAAGUUGUCGGGAAGACCGGGAAGUGGUGGACGCUGAUGGCCCGCUUGCAAGAAUGGUGUAUUGGACGAACUGGCGUGGUCAAGUCCCGGGAGGACGCGAAGAAGCGCAAGGACGCAGAGGAGAAGAGGGCAGGCAUGGAUAGUCCAUUCAGCUUCAGCGCUCCUCUUGCUCCCCUAAAUUUCCCGGCGCAAAGCGUCAGCAAACGUACCACGCCGUCGUCCCUCUUCGGUUUCCAGUCAACAACUCCCUCCUCCCCGGCGUCCACCAGACCUUUGAACCCCCAGGUUCGACUACAAUACCAGCGAAAGGUACCCGCGUUCGGCAGUCCUUUGACCAAGAUCUGGAGUCCCGUUGUGACUCGGGCUCAGUGGGAGAUUGUCGUCCGAAGCGCUGCUAUCGCUGCCGCACUUGCCUGGAUCCUGGUGGGGGUCGUCGUUGCUAUCCCAGACGGGCGCUAGCGGAUGUAUGCUUCGCUUUGCUCAAUGCUGUCGCUGCUGUUCCUUGCUGUGGACGACUCUCCUGCUCUGCCGUGCUGCUGUUCCGACGUAUACGAUGUCCUCUCCGGCUGUCCUAGCCACUCCCCGCUUGUCUGUUUCCCAUGUCCGAAUUCAAGCUUUUGCUGGUUCAGAGUCCACUCGUUAUCAUUUCCGAUUCACCUAUUCGAAAUCUGCGCUUGCAGACCGUGGUAUUGUCUUCAUGUCUUUGUUUCGUUAUUGUUGUUCAGCUGUUCAACACGAACACUUCCAUUCUUUUCCAGUCCUCGCCUCCUCAUAUUUUCUCAUCUGCACCCCAUGGUCUCGAGAUGCUUGACAUCUCGAUUCCCCUUGCCGCCUUCGUCAUCUCUGCAUUAACAUAUCAUCUCCGCAUCACAUCUCGUAUCCCACCGUCCUGGUUCGCUGUCAACCUUACAUUCCUUGCCUUUAGUGAUCUUCAAGUUCACUUGCCCGUCCAGAUGUUGUCUGUAAGCUUUGUAACCUGUCGAUGUGUUUUGUUAUUAGAGCGGGCGUCUCAAUCACCCUUGCCAACCAUUGUACCUGCGGCCUACUAUAAUACCCUACAAACGUUGAUACUGGUGUACAUACUGUAUUGUGUACCCCAUAAUUUUAUUGUUAUUCGAGCGCCCGUACUGCCCAUGGUCCGGUAAACAGGAGAUUGGA